AGUGGAUCCAAUCCUGUCAAGGUCACAGGAGAAGUCACUGGUCUGAAGCCAGGUCUUCAUGGCUUCCAUAUUCACGAAUUUGGUGACAACACUAAUGGAUGUACCAGUGCUGGACCUCACUUCAACCCGCUAAAAAAAGACCAUGGAGGUCCUGAGGACAGUGCAAGGCACGUUGGAGACCUGGGAAAUGUCACAGCAGGUGCUGACGGUGUUGCCAAGGUCAACAUUACUGACAAAAUGAUCGGGCUUGAAGGAGAUCACAAUAUCAUCGGCAGAACUCUUGUGGUCCACGCUGACCCCGAUGACUUGGGCAAAGGUGGCCACGAGCUGUCAGCAACAACUGGUAACGCUGGAGCUCGUUUGGCCUGUGGUGUUAUUGGAAUCACCAAAUAAACAUUCCGAAGAAGAAAUAUCACAUCAAUAAAAUUACUACGACCAAAUUAAUAAUGUAAUCAGGCACUACUCUAUAAAACUAGGUUUUUGAGUAGACUAAAAAUAAUUAUCAUUCCUGUUGAAAUAAAAACCUCUCGUACAUA